AUGACUUACCUGCUUGUAGCAGCGGUCCUUGUUGUUCUAGGAAUUGCAUGGCUCGCGAAAACGAGCUUCGCGGCACGGCCGCCGAAACUGAAUUUCCCCGUGGUCGGCAGUCCUAGCGAUACAGAUUUCCGCUCAGCUAUCAUAGAAGGAGUUAAGAAGUACCCGAACGAUCCCUUUCUCGUCCCCAUCAAGCCUCCACGUAUCAUAAUGCCCAUGAGCCUAUACAAAGAGGCCAUGAAUAUGCCGGCACUUUCCUUCAAUGCAGAAGUCUACAGCAUGUUGCAAGGCCAGUAUACGCAUUUGGGCGAGGAUAGAAGAGAUCUAAUUCCCCUCAUUCGGCACGACCUGACAAAGAGCAUGAACCGUGGCUCGUUGAGCUUACUACAGGACGAGGCCCACAUUGCUUUCGAUAAAGAGCUGGGAAAACCUCAAGAUUGGACUACAGUGCCCAUAUAUUUCAAGCUACUGCGUAUUAUUGCUAUGGCUACGGGAAGAAUCUUUGUUGGCUCUCCCUUGAAUCGCGACGAGAAGUGGCUCAAUGCGUCCAUAAGCUUCACAACAGAUGCCAUAGCUGUCAUACGAGAAAACGGUGCUUGGAGCCCCUUACUCCGGCCGUUCAUUGGGCGGUUCCUACCAUCCGUCAAGAAGGUGCAGAAGGAUAUGGAAGACGCGGCUGAGUGGAUGGCACCGCUAGUCAACGACGUUCUCUCGGGUGACAAGGAAAAGCUCAAAGAUGUGGAAGUCGGAUCCCGCGGAACAUUUAUGUCUUGGGCUAUGAAAUAUAUUCCGGAUGAAAAGAAAACUGCGACGGAGAUGGCGGCUUCUCAAAUGAUGAUCUCAUUUGCGUCAACGCACACCACUACAAUGACUGUCUACCACGUAUGA